AUGACUUCGAAGAGUAUCGCCAGGUCUCUCUUGAGACCCCAAUACUUCUGCAGAGCAAAUAUCUCAGCGCUGAACUCGUCUGCGGCCAAUUUAUCACUGAGAAUAUCUUUAGAAGUAAGGCGAACGACUGCGAAACGGCCUGGACUCAGCAAAGUCCCUGCACGAGCUUUAUCGACGUCCAUACCCAGCAGAUAUGCCACAGUGGAGGAGUCGUUGGAUUUCCGGGAACAGGAUCGUGAGUCAGAUAAGGUGGAUGUCUGUAUUGUUGGUGGAGGCCCCGCUGGACUGAGCGCAGCGAUCAGACUCAAGCAACUCGCCAAUGAAGCAGGCAAUGAGGAAUUCCGUGUGAUAGUGCUCGAAAAGGCGUCUGAGAUUGGCGCUCAUAUCCUUUCUGGCAAUGUCCUUGAACCUACCGCUAUCAACGAGCUGAUACCCGACUGGCUCUCUGAGAACAAUGCAUCCAGAUACGAUGGUGCAACGCCUGCCAAAUCAGACAAGAUGCGCUUCCUUACCAAAAAUUCCUCGAUACCUCUGCCCGCGCCUCCUCAAAUGCAUAACAAGGGCAACUACAUAAUAAGCCUAUCACAAUUCUGCAAGUGGUUAGGGGAGAGGGCGGAAGAGGUUGGUGUCGAAGUGUAUGCUGGUUUUGCUGGUUCAGAAGUGCUGUACAGCAAUGAUGGGGCUGUCAAGGGUGUGGCUACAAACGACCUAGGCGUUGGACGAGACGGGAAACCGAAAACAAGCUUCGAGAGGGGCAUGGAAUUCCAUGCGAGACUGACUCUCCUUGCAGAAGGAUGUCAUGGAAGUCUGACAAAGCAAGUCUCGAAGAAGUUCGAUUUACGGCGGGAAGUGUGGGAAGUGAAGCCGGAAAACUUUAAGAAAGGAGAGAUCUCUCACACGAUGGGCUACCCGCUGAGCAAAAAUGUUUAUGGAGGUGGCUGGAUGUACCACUACGGAGAUAAUCUGGUCAGCUUGGGGCUGGUGGUGGGGCUCGAUUAUGCCAAUCCAUGGCUAAGCCCAUAUGGAGAGUUUCAGAAGAUGAAGCACCAUCCAUUCUACAAAUCGGUCAUAGAUGGUGGUAAAUGCAUCGCAUAUGGGGCCAGAGCAUUGAACGAGGGUGGCUACCAGUCGAUACCGAAGUGCUCGUUCCCAGGUGGCGCGCUGAUCGGAGAUACGGCCGGAUUUUUGAAUGUACCCAAAAUCAAGGGCACACAUACUAGCAUGAAAAGUGGCAUACUGGCGGCGGAAGCAGCAUAUCCGGCUUUGGUGGACACUGACGCAAGCAGUUUGUUCUUGUUCGAUUACGAGGACAAGCUUCGUGAAUCAUUUAUUUGGAAGGAAUUGAAGCAGGUUCGCAACAUGAGACCAUCAUUUCAUACUCCGCUCGGCAUCUAUGGCGGUAUCAUGUAUUCCGGAUUGGAGGCAUUUCUCUUCAGAGGUCAGACACCAUGGACUUUCCAGCACAAAUCUGGAGACCAUGCAGCGACAAAAUCGGCGGACCAACAGCCUAGGAUCGAAUACCCAAAGCCAGACGGCAAAAUUAGCUUCGACAUUUUGACCAGCGUUAGCAGAACGGGCACAAAUCAUGAAGAGGAUCAGCCCGUGCAUUUGCAGGUCAAAGAUUGGGAUAGGCAUGCCGAGAUGGAAUAUCCCAAAUAUAAGGGUGUCGAAAACCGCUUCUGCCCAGCAGGAGUCUAUGAAUAUGUUGAAGAUGAGAGCAAGGAGCUUGGGGUUAGAUUCCAGAUCAAUGCACAGAACUGUAUUCACUGCAAGACUUGCGACAUCAAGGACCCCAGUCAGGAUAUCAACUGGUCUACGCCUAUCGGAGGGGAUGGACCAAAGUAUUCAAUGACAUGA